CUCAGUACCUCAGAAGGAAGGAGAGGUAGACAUCUUGAAUUGGAGGGAGAGUGGGGUGUCAGUGAGCAGGCAAGAAAACGCGAAGGCUUGGUAGCUAGCAGGAAGGGAACCCUCGCGGCCCUAAAACCACUAUUUGUGUGGAAGGGUGGCAUCGGUGGGGGACAGAACGUGAAAGACUGGAGUUUGCUCACCAUGGACCGAGCUGACUGAGACGGCUUCACCAUGAUUGGAGGACUGUUCAUCUACAACCACAAGGGGGAGGUGCUGAUCUCCCGGGUCUACCGUGAUGACAUAGGGCGCAACGCGGUGGACGCGUUCCGCGUGAACGUGAUCCACGCCCGCCAGCAGGUGCGCUCGCCCGUCACCAACAUCGCCCGCACCAGCUUCUUCCACGUCAAGCGCUCCAACAUCUGGCUGGCGGCCGUCACCAAGCAGAACGUCAACGCCGCCAUGGUCUUCGAGUUCCUCUACAAGAUGUGCGACGUGAUGACGGCCUACUUCGGCAAGAUCAGCGAGGAGAACAUCAAGAACAACUUUGUGCUGAUCUACGAGCUGCUGGACGAGAUCCUGGACUUUGGGUACCCCCAGAACUCUGAGACUGGAGCCCUGAAGACCUUCAUCACCCAGCAGGGCAUCAAGAGUCAGCAUCAUACAAAGGAAGAGCAGUCUCAGAUCACCAGUCAGGUGACCGGGCAGAUCGGUUGGCGUCGCGAGGGCAUCAAGUACCGCCGCAACGAGCUGUUCCUGGACGUGCUGGAGAGCGUCAAUCUGCUGAUGUCUCCGCAAGGUCAGGUGCUGAGCGCCCACGUCUCUGGCCGGGUGGUGAUGAAGAGCUACCUGAGCGGGAUGCCCGAGUGCAAGUUCGGCAUGAACGACAAGAUCGUCAUCGACAAGCAGAGCAAAGGGGGCACCGCGGAUGAGGCGGGGAAGAGUAGUGGCAAGCAGUCCAUCGCGAUCGAUGACUGCACCUUCCACCAGUGUGUGCGCCUCAGCAAGUUCGACUCGGAGAGGAGCAUCAGCUUCAUCCCCCCUGAUGGGGAGUACGAGCUCAUGAGGUACCGCACGACUAAGGACAUCAUCCUCCCCUUCCGGGUCAUUCCGCUGGUCAGGGAGGUCGGGCGCACUAAACUGGAGGUCAAAGUGGUCAUCAAGUCCAACUUCAAACCAUCACUGCUGGCGCAGAAGAUUGAGGUUCGCAUCCCUACCCCGCUCAACACCAGCGGGGUGCAGGUCAUCUGCAUGAAAGGCAAAGCCAAGUACAAGGCCAGCGAGAACGCCAUCGUGUGGAAGAUCAAACGGAUGGCAGGCAUGAAGGAGUCCCAGAUCAGCGCCGAGAUCGAGCUCCUCCCCACCAAUGACAAGAAGAAGUGGGCCCGCCCCCCCAUCUCCAUGAACUUCGAGGUGCCCUUUGCUCCCUCCGGGCUGAAGGUUCGCUACCUGAAGGUGUUCGAGCCCAAGCUGAACUACAGUGACCACGACGUGAUCAAAUGGGUGCGCUACAUCGGGCGCAGCGGCAUCUACGAGACGCGAUGCUAACGGGCCCCCGGCCGGCGGCGGGGCGGGGGGGCGGGGGCGGGGCCACGGGGGGAGGCGCUGAAACAGUGCAGUCCUGCCAAACCUCUCAUUCCCUCCCUCCCUCCAUCCUCAAGGGCCCGCUCACACAUCACAAAAUCAAUACAGAGAUUCCAAACAUUAGAAAAACGUCACGCUAAUGCAAACCAAACCGUUCCCGUGGAGGCAGAAGUACAAUUAGAAAACGUAAGCGUAUAGUAUCUGCUACAAACUAAACGCAUCUUAAAAAAUGAAAAUUAUGACCAAUCUGUGUAAAAGAGAUCAGAGAUGGCCAUUAUGCCAGGAUGUUUACUCCCCCUAUUACCCCCGCCCCCCCUCACCUUGUAUCUAAUUUCCAUUUCAAUUUCAGGAAGAUGGUCUCAACUUGUCCUUCCUCUAAUUGGCAGUCACCCUGUUUGUUGUCUUGGGCACACCCCUCUUCCAAACCAUACUUUCUCUCACUGUCCUUCUGUCUUAUUGGAGUGUAGCUUAUCCUAUCCCCUAUAACACCAGCCCCAUCCCCCUUCUCUUUUAAGCCCCUCCCAUAUCUUUAGCCCCACCCUCUCUGCUGAUGUAAUCGUAUUAUAGGCUGUAGUGUUAAGUAGGUUACUGGACGUAUUAAUAGUUAUACAAUUUCCCCCCCUCCCAUCAUUUUAUGCAUUUCUUUAUCCCUCCCUCAGACCGAUGUCUGUGUGUUUUGUAUCCAGAAUGCUUUGUCUCUCCGUUGAAGGCCUUGUUCCUUUGUUUGUCCUCCUCUUGCCCCUCUUCUUCCUCUAGCUGUAUCCCUCAUUAUAGUUCUAAUUCUAAAAAUGAAGAUGAUGAUGAUGAUGACUAUUCUGUGGUUUCUGUUUUCAUCUCUGUGCUGCGAUGUUUCAUUCUUGUGACCAAAAUUCUCAAAUUUAUAGAACGCAUACAAAGCAACAGAAAAGAUGUUUUAAAAGCAAAAAAACAGAGCAAUCCCUCUGUAUAAAAAGGGUCAACUGAAUUACAAAGAGUAGACGGAGCAUCUGUGGUCAGUUUUAGUGUCCGUGUGGGAAUUUGUCAGGCUGGUCUGUGUGUGUGUGUGUGUGUGUGUGCGUGCGUGCGUGAGUGUGUGUUGCGAAACCCCAGCUGGGUAAGCUCAGCAUCUCUCAGGGGCGUGGCUGGGGCAGCUGUGCCUCUUUCCCUUCAAACCGUCCAAUGGGGUUUGGAGGUACCCGGUCACGUCUAUAAGACACGCCCCCCCCCGGCUAACUGCCGUCUCUCGCCUGCACAUUUAUCAUUCCCAUGUCACAAGGUCCAUUUAAAGGGGAAGUUAAAAGAGCUUGGGUUAGACAAGACUACGGUCAAGGAAAUGCAUUCUGUUCUAUGGGGAGGAAAAGACCGAAAUAAUAGUUUGCUGUCUAAAUCACGUCGACCGUUAACCUUACAUUACAGUACAUUAUCCAAAAUAUUCAGUUUUCCUUCUGUCAGUUUCCCUCUUCUGCUCUCUCCAUGGUAUCGUUUGUCCAAGGCUGCUCAGUGGGGAGAUCUGUGAGGGAAGAGGGGAGGAGAUCAGCGAUUGAGCAGAGAAGGGGAACAGAAGGGAUUGUGCGCCGUGUGUGGCUGUGUGAGGGGCUUUCCCCCGUUAGCGCGUGUGCGGUGCGUUUCUGCGCCGGUGUGAGGGCGUUCGCUCGCUGCGCGUUCAGACCAGCCGGCCCCGUUCCGCCUUUCCCUCAGAAACAUUCCUCUCUUAUCGGCGUGCGGCUGCUGUGUGCCGCACCCCGCGGUCUCCAGCCCCGGCGCCUACAGAUUCGCGGCUCUCGGGCAGAGGAGGGGACUGGAGAGAGUAGUGAGCCCGGUCCGGUGGUCAGAGCCAUUUUCUACAGAACAGGGCUGAAGGGGAGAGUCACUAAACCCCAAUGUUCUUUCCCCUUUACUCUGUCGCCCUCUAAUGGCUGUGGUCUCACUGCACUCUUCACGUUCAACACUACAGCCUGUCCCGCUAGUGCCCGCGCCCCCACCACGCCCGAGCACUGAGAGAUGCUGAGGGCCCUGUUCCAGGGGGUUCUUCUCUUGCAGCUUCAGUGUUUUGAUCUCCAUUCAAUGACUUUGUGACUGUCCAGUUAAUCCUGAAUAAAACAUUGUAUAACCA